CUCCAUGUCUGAGUUCAAGCCCUGGAUAUCCUUGUUGAUUUUCUGUCUGGUUGAUAUGUCUAAUAUUGACAGUGGAGUGUUAAAGUCUCCCACUAUUAUUGUGUGGGAGUCUAAGUCUCUUUGUAAGUCAUUAAGAACUUGCUUUAUGUAUCUGGGUGCUCCUGUAUUGGGUCCAUAUAUAUUUAGGAUCGUUAGCUCUUCUUGUUGUAUCAAUCCUUUUACCAUUAUGUAAUGUCCUUCUUUGUCUCUUUUGAUCUUUGUUGCUUUAAAGUCUAUUUUAUCAGAGACGAGAAUUGCAACUCCUGCAUUUUUUUGCUCUCCAUUUGCUUGGUAAAUCUUCCUCCAUCCCUUUAUUUUGAGCCUUUGUGUAUCCUUGCAUGUGAGAUGGGUUUCCUGGAUACAGCACACUGAUGGGUUUUGGAUUUUUAUCCAAUUUGCCAGUCUGUGUCUUUUGAUUGGUGCAUUUAGUCCAUUUACGUUUAGGGUUAAUAUUGUUAUGUGUGAAUUUGCUACUGCCAUUUUGAUGCUAGCUGGCUGUUUUGCCCAUUAGUUGUUGUAGAUUCUUCAUUAUGUUGAUGCUCUUUAGCAUUUAGUGUGAUUUUGGAAUGGCUGGUACUGGUUGUUCCUUUCUAUGUGUAGCGCCUCUUUCAGGAGCUCUUGUAAAGCAGGCCUGGUGGUGACAAAAUCUCUGAGUACUUGCUUGUUCGCAAAGGAUUUUAUUUUUCUUUCACUUCUGAAGCUCAGUUUGGCUGGAUAUGCAAUUCUGGGUUGAAAGUUCUUUUCUUUAAGGAUGUUGAAUAUUGGCCCCCCACUGUCUUCUGGCUUGUAGUGUUUCUGCCGAGAGAUCUGCUGUGAGUCUGAUGGGCUUCCCUUUGUGGGUGACCCGACCUUUCUCUCUGGCUGCCCUUAGUAUUUUCUCCUUUAUUUCAACCUUGUUGAAUCUGACGAUUAUGUGCCUUGGGAUUGCUCUUCUUGCAGAAUAUCUUUGUGGUGUUCUCUGUAUUUUCUGCAUUUGAGUGUUGGCCUGCCUUGCUAGGUGGGGGAAAUUUUCCUGGAUAAUGUUCUGAAGAGUAUUUUCCAGCUGGAAUUCAUUCUGUUCAUCACAUGCUGGUACACCUAUGAAACGUAGGUUAGGUCUCUUCACAUAGUCCCAAAUUUCUUGGAGACUUUGUUCAUUCCUUUUUGUGCUUUUUUUCUCUGAUCUUGGUUUCUUGUUCUAUUUCAUUGAGUUGAUCUUCGACUUCUGAUAUUCUUUCUUCUGCUUGGUCAGUUUGGCUGUUGAAACUUGUGCAUGCUUCGCAAAGUUCUCGUAUUGUGUUUUUCAGCUCCUUUAAUUUAUUCAUAUUCCUCUCUAAGGUAUCCAUUCUUGUUAUCAUUUCCUCAAAUCUUUUAUCAAAUCUCUUUUCAAGGUUCUUAGUUUCUUUGCAUUGAUUUAAAACAUGUUCUUUUAGCUCACAAAAGUUUCUCAUUAUCCACCUUCUGAAGUCUAAUUCCGUCAUUUCGUCAGUCAUUCUCCAUCCAGCUUUGUUCCCUUGCUGGUGAGGAGUUUUGGUCCUUUCCAGGAGGUGAGGUGUUCUGGUUUCGGGUGUUUUCCUCCUUUUUGCGCUGGUUUCUUCCCAUCUUUUUGGAUUUAUCCACCUGUCGUCUGUGUAGUUGCUGACUUUUCUAUUGGGUCUCUGAGUGAACACCCAGAUUGUUGAUGAUGAAGUAUUUCUGUUACUUGGUUUUCCUUCUACCAGUCUAGCCCCUCCACUGUACAACUGCUGGGGUCCACUCCAGGCCCUGUUUGUCUGGGGUGCACCUAUAGCAGCUGCGUAACAGUGAGGGAUGCUACCAGUUUCUUUUUCUGCUAUAUUUGUCCCAGAAUGAUGCCUGCCAAAUGUCAGUCUUCUGGAUAUAGAGGGGUCAGGGAGCUGCUUGAGGAGACAGUCUGUACUUUAUAGGAGCUCAAGUGCUGAGCUGUGAGCUCUGUUGUUCAAUCAGGCUAUUAGGCUGCUACGUUUAAUUCUGCUGCAACAGAACUCAUAAAACUUUUUUUCUCACAUGCUCUGUCUCAGGGGAGUUGGGGCUUUCUUUGUGAGUGUUUGUUGUGCUGUCCUGCCCAGCUAGGAGGCAGUCUAGUCACUAUUUGCCUGACGAGGCUCCGCCCUGCUGGUGUGAGGUUCGCCCUGUUGCUGCAGGCUCUGCCCUUCUGCUGCGGUCUCUGCCCUGCUGCCAUGGGCUACGUCCUGCAGAGUCUCUCUGUUGUAGUGGGUUGCCUCGGCAAUGGCAGGCUGUGUCAGCAAUGGGCGUGUACCUCAGUAGGGGCAGAUUGCCUCGGUAAUGGCGGAUGACCCUUUCCCACGGAGCUGCACCAUACUGGGUUCAGCUGUGCCCUAAGGGAACCUUUCCACCGGGAGCGUUUGGAAUCUCCGUUUUGUUUGUCCCUCUGCGCUCAAAACGCUGUUUUCCUGGAAUCUCCUGGGCUGGCUCUCUGUCCAAGUCCCAUUCGGUCUCAAGUUCAGCCCUCUCAAGUCUCAGAUUGCCGGUUCAACAGGGCACCCAGACCAGUGCGCUUUGUGCAGAGCACUGUGUAGCGCCACUGCGCUACAGCGCCGGCCGCCGGCCGCACCAUCUGCCGGCUGCACCAGCCAAAACCUCUGCCUGGCGUCCCACAUCUCUUUUAUACCUGGGGAUUUCCCCGUUCUGUGGGCAACAAAGAUCCGUGUGGAAAUGCGGCCCUGACUCACCCUCUCCGCGCAUUCACCAGGAGCUUCAAUCCUGGGUUGUUCUCACUGUGCCAUCUUGAGUCCUCUUAUAUGUGGUUUUUUAAAAGAUGGGGCCUGCCCCAGCCUCAUGAAAGCCUAAUGGCCUUUCAUGAGGCAGGGAGGUGGGGUCAGCUUUGGUCACAUGACUGCCUGGCUUCAAUGUUGAGCUAUACUUCUUACUUGCUUUGUGGUCUGUGCAAGUUUCUGAACUCUGUUAUCUGCUCCUCAUUCUCCUCAUGUAGAAAAUGGGAUAAUGAUAGUACCUGCUUCAUAGUGUUAAUGUGAGGAUUAAAUAAAUUUAUAUAUGCAAAGUGUUUGUCACACACUGAAAGCUGCAUAUGCAGAACCAUUACUUAUUGAAUGCCUGCUGCUGUGUGGUAGAGCUCUUCACAUAGGUGAUCUGGGGAAAUUCUUCCAGAAAUCCUUCUCCUGACCCCUUACCCUCAGCAAGUAACCUGACUGAGAAAAAGAAAUCACAGACAGACACUCUCAACAGCCUAGUAUUUUAAGCCAGGGAAAAGUAAAACUAUCCUGGUUCAAGUGAAGUCUGAGUUUUCCCUGCCCAGACAGUAGAUUGGGAACUGUGUAGCCAGGUGGGUAGCAGCAGCUCCGGCCAUAGGGCUUUAGGAUCCCUCCAAAGACCCUUUGUAGUCCUGGUAUGGUCAGAUCUAAACCUGUUCGGGGGUUGGGGAAGUCAUCAUCAGGAUGUUUAAGAGAGUGGUUAGGACUGCAAAUGGCUCCAACUUGGUUCUUGGUUCUGCUACAGAGUAGCUAUAACUUUGAGCUUCAGUUUCUUCAUGUAUGAGAUGAGGAUAAUUUAUACAUGCAUCGUUGGGCUGUUAGGAGCAUGUUAUGUAUGAAGCAUCUGCCUGGAGCAUAGGACCUGCUUAAUCAACACUGAUUUCUCCUGCUUUUCAGGAGGAAUAGGUGCUCUGAGUAGAUCAUGAGGGGCAAAGAUCAGAUCCUGGACCAUUUUAGGCCACUGAGAACCACUGACCUAUCUCUCCUUCUCUCUCUCCCACUUCCAACCUCUUUAGAAGUUUUAAGUUUAUAGGAAAUUAGAUUACAUUAAAAUGAUUGAGGAAUCAAAUUAUUAGGAAGCAAGGCAUGAUUUCUAACUGAUGUUGCACAGCAAAUAUGUUGGAAGGAAAACACCAGACUGACUUAAGAUCAGGAGUUAUGACUGGCCAUAAAAGCUGCAGCUUGUGAAAUGUUUUUUUUUUUUUUUUUACAAUGUCUUCAUCCUUGCAGUUCUGAUAGGGCAGGGUGAGCAACAGAAAGAGAGUGUGGUAUUUCCUUUAAUAUGUUCACAGCCUGACAUUGCCAGGCCUCGCCAGAACACUGAGGGAAUAGAAUCCCUGGACCUAGCAACCUGUUAAUUGUGUAUGUUCUGGGGGCAUGAGCAUGUUCCACAUUCACAGAGAAGGCACAUGUGUAUCUACAGGAUGUCAGAAGUGUUACUUUGCCUACUAUGCAAUCUAAAGCAGCAUAAUAGGCAGAUAGUAGCAGCCACUUCUUUCCUCCUGUUCCAAGCUGCAGAGGCCUCUCUCAUGGGGAAUAAUACCAUGGUUAUUGUCUCCAGAUAAAUAAUUAAUGCUGGAUAAUUGACUUCUUUCUGUUGUAUUCCACUGAAACUGAAUUUAAUUUUGCAGUGCUAUUGUUCACCUCAGUACAAAAAUAAAUAAAUAAACAAGUAUUACCAAGUUGCAUGGAAGCAUCCAGCAGCCUGGGUAAAUCAUAUGCAUGAGGACAUUGGUAUUUGAGACCCUUGUGAGUAAAUAGCAGCAUGAAGGGCUGUUCUAGGUACAGAUUCCUAGGAGAGAGUAGAAGUCAGAGAGUCACAGUCCCUGGGCCAGGGGUUGGUUCCUUUGCUGAACUGGCAGGAGUGGUGGGAAGUGGUCUGACAGGAUGUGGUGGUUCUCAACUCUGUAUCUGAGUCUCCUGGGAUGCUUUCAUAUUUAAAAACAAGAAAAUAAGCAAAAGAACAAAACUCUACUCUUGGAAUCUCUUUUGUGGGCCUAAGUGUUUGAAAGCAUGUAGACCUUGGAAUCAGACUUGGGUUCAAAUCCCAGUUCACUUCCUACCAGUUCUGUGAUCUUGAGUGGCUGCUUAAGCUGUCUAUGCAUGUGUUUUUCCUUCAGCAUAGUGGCAAUGACAGUUGCAUUAAAAGGUAGUAAAGUGCUUGGAUCCAGGAAGGAAAGCCUCUAUAGAGCCUCAGGAUGCCUUGCAGUAUAUAAGCCUCACUUUCCCAGGUCAUAUAAAUCAGUGGUCUGCACCCCUGGUCCUCAGCCUGUUAGGAACUGGGCUGUACAGCAGGAAGUGAGUGGCCAGCAAGAAAAAGCAUUACUUCCUGAGCUCCACCUCCUGUUAGAUCAGAGAAAUCAUUAGAUCAUUAGAUUCUCAUAGGAGAGCGAACCCUACUAUGAACUGCUGGCGUGAGGGAUUUAUGAUGCAUGUUCCUUACGAGAAUGUAAUACCCAUUCCCCACUGCCCCACUGAAUGGAAAAAUUGUCUUUCACUAAACCAGUCCCUGGUGCCAAAAAUCCCUGGUGCCAAAAAGGUUGGGGACUGCUGGUAUAAAUAACAGUAAUAUUUAUACUCCCUCUCCCCACAAGUAGUGAAAAUAAUGCAAUCUCAGGCCUGAGUACUUCCCUGCGGGGCUGGGGGCGGGGCAAGAUUUAUUGAUGGAAGUGAAGGAGGCCAGAGAUGAGCUUCCUGGAUAGCAGGAGACUGUGGCUGCUGUGUCCCUAGCUGGUCUUCAUUUGCUCCAUGGUCUCUGGGCUCCUAUCUUUCCAUCUGGGAUGUUGAUCUUCUUGCUGUUUCUGGGCAUGGUGGUGGGGCUGCUGGAACCUAGCCAUAGGGUCAGCAUGUUGGCUCUGGGCUUCACACUCCCAGGGUUGUGCCCUCUGCCAUCACAGUCUGGCCCUCAUGUUCUGCCAGGAUCCAGAUGACACAACCCUUUGGUAUAACUGUCUUUAUGGGAAGGCUCCUGGCAGGCAAGCUGGAGGCCAGGGUCCACACAGUGCUGGGUCCAGAUGUCCCCUUCCUUCUAUAACUUAUCUAGCUCAGAAAUCAAUCUAUGGCAUUUAGAAUUUUUCACUCUCAGUCCUUGCCAGUGAAGAGUCAGGGUGGCAAUAUUGAUUAACAGGCUGGCCUUUGCAAACCCUCAUAACAAAGUUGGCUUAUGGUUUCAAGCAGUUGUUAUGGGCUGGGUACUUCACAUAGCUACUCAUUUAGUCUUCACUAUGACCCAUGUCUAUCAUUAUUAUUGUGUACAUUUUGUAAACGAUAGGUUGAGUUCUCUGGGAAACAGCUUUGAGGUGGAGUUUAGAGUUCAGAGUGGUUUUUAGGAGACAUCUUUGGGACCAAUGCCCAUGGAAGGGAAAGGAAGGAAGCAGGACUGGGCAGAGGGCAAGGUUCAGCCACAAAACUUGGCUCAAUGAUGUCAACUGAUCUCUCAGGGGAGUUUUGGAAUCAGAGUUGUUGUCCAUUGGCCAAAAUUUCCAGGGCCUUUAUGUCCCACCUUAAUCUGUCAUUGGAGUGUGUUUAAAAAAUAUUUUAAACUGGGAAGUCAUUAGGCUGGGGCUGCUUCAACACUUUAGGUUUCUACAUAGCAAACUGAAGCCCAACAUUAACAGUAGAAUGAAACUACAAACUUUACUGAUCAGAGAUCAACUAACUUCUAACUAGGAACUUUCUCCUUUAAUCAUUAGACAUGUUUUCUUUGUUUUCCUUUUGUGUUCAGCCCAUAAAAGUUUGCUGCCCAUGCUGCUUCAGAGGAGCUCUCCAACUUCUUCUGGUUCUGAGUGCUGCCUGAUUCAUGAAUUGUUUUUUGCUGAAAUAGACUCUGUUAAAUUUAUUUUGUCUAAAACUUUUAGACAUCCUUUAGAAGGAUGUGAUCUUAGGUGAGAUGGCUCUAAGAACAUCUGGAGGGCCUGAAAGCUGAAGGCAGUUGGCUAAUGAUACUCCCAGCAGCUAGGGCAAUACCUUCUGCCAAAAAGAGGAAUCUGGGAAGCACAUCACAAUGUCUAUCCCAUGAGGGAACUGAGCCUUGAGGAGGUGAAGUUACUUGCUCAAGAACAGAACCGACAGGCUACACCUGAUGCAGGUGGAUUCAGUCCAGCGCUGGAUGGAGGAUCUGAAGCUCAUGACUGAGUGUGAGUGCAUGUGCAUCCUGCAGGCAAAGCCCAUCAACCUGGAAGAGGAUGCGCAGGGUGACCUCAUCCUGGCAGGCGGCCCUGGCCCUGGAGACCCCCUGCAGCUGCUGCUCAAACGGGGCUGGGUCAUCAGCACAGAGCUGCGCAGGAUCGGGCAGAAGCUGGCCCAGGACCGCUGGGCACGGGUGCACAGCAUGAGUGUGCGUCUGACCUGCCACGCCCGCUCCAUGGUCAGCGAGUACAGUGCUGUCAGCAGGAGCUCCUCACAGGAAAUCGGCCAGAUUGAGAAGCUGCUAAUGGAGAAAUGCUCAGAGCUGUCGGCAGUCACAGAGAGGUGCCUUCAGGUUGAGAAUGAGCAUGUGCUGAAGUCAAUGAAGGCCUGUGUCAGUGAGACCCUGAGCACGCUGGGCCAGCACUUUGGCCAGCUGCUGGAGCUGGCCCUGACACGGGAGGUACAGGCACUGGUGAGAAAAAUUGAUGCCUCAGACAAUAUCUACACCACAGAGUCCACCACAGGGAACCUGUUCAGCCUGACCCAGGAGGGGGCUCCUUUGUGCCGCAUCAUAGCCAAGGAGGGUGGGGUCGUGGCACUCUUCAAGGUUUGCCGGCAGGACAGUUUCCGGUGCUUGUACCCCCAGGCGCUCCGCACACUGGCCUCCAUCUGCUGCGUGGAAGAGGGUGUCCACCAGCUGGAGAAGGUGGAUGGCAUUCUGUGCUUGGCCAACAUCCUGACCGACGACAGCCACCCAGAGGCCACACGGGCUGAGGCUGCGGCUGUGGUGGCCCAGGUCACCUCCCCACACCUGCCUGUCACCCAGCACCUCAGUAGCUUCCUGGAGAGCAUGGAGGAGAUCGUGACAGCCCUCAUCAAACUGUGCCAAGAGGCCUCAUCAGGGGAAGUCUUCCUAUUGGCCUCUGCGGCCCUUGCCAACAUCACCUUCUUUGACACAAUGGCCUGCGAGAUGCUCCUGCAGCUGAACGCCAUUCGUGUCCUCCUGGAAGCCUGUAGUGACAAGCAGAGAGUGGACACGCCUUAUACUCGAGACCAGAUUGUGACCAUCUUGGCAAACAUGUCUGUCCUAGAGCAGUGCGCCUCUGAUAUCAUUCAGGAGAAUGGGGUCCAGCUCAUCAUGGGCAUGCUGUCUGAAAAGCCAAGGUCUGGGACCCCCGCUGAGGUGGCAGCCUGUGAGAGAGUCCAGCAGAAAGCUGCAGUGACCCUGGCCCGUCUCAGCCGAGACCCAGAUGUGGCACGGGAGGCUGUGCGGCUCAGCUGCAUGUCCCGUCUCAUCGAGCUCUGCAGAUCCCCAUCAGAGAGGAACAGCAGUGAUGCUGUGCUCGUGGCCUGCCUGGCUGCUCUGCGUAGAUUGGCUGGGGUCUGUCCCGAAGGCCUCCAGGACUCUGAUUUCCAGCAAUUGGUCCAGCCUCGGCUUGUGGACUCCUUCUUACUCUGCAGCAACAUGGAGGAGAGUUUUGUGUAGCGAGUGUGGGAGAAGAAAGACAUUUGGCUGUUCUCACGCCCCCUCUGAGUAUGCACCAGUGAACAUACCUGAAUACAUACCAGCUCUCCUCAUCUCCUUAUUUAUACUUAACUUAUUUUUUUGUAUGAAAUAAACAGAGGGUAAAAUCUUAAGUAACAUCAUCAAACAGUCUGUGGUCCUUGGGAAUCUUCUUUGUUUUUAUUUUUUGACUUCUGUAACUUUUCAGUUGCAGAUGUUGAAGUUCAUAAUGGCUAAUAUGACAGAUUGUCAUGAGUGAUUCCACUUCAUCUUGUUUUCUCUACUCUUACUAUAUAAUCUUGCCUCAUUUUUUUGAACUUUGGAACCAAAGUGUUUCAACUACCUAGCAGGGUUUUUAUUUUUUUUUAAGUUGUAUUUGCUCUUCCCAAAAAUCUAAAAUGAAUUUCAUAAUUGGGUAGACUAUACUGGAAGGAAGCUUUUUUUCUUUAACUAAUGGAAUCAUGUAACAUGUAUCCUGGAUUUUCUUAUUAAAUUGUAUUUUAAACUAAGUUCUUGCUUCCCAAGGUUUCAUUCCCCAAAAACUUUUCCAACUAUUAAAAGUAUAUACAGAAUUGUCUUGUUUUCAUAGGUGUAUAAAUAGGUGAAGUUCUGAAUGAUUUAGUGAGAAACCACAAUGACUUUCAAAAAUACUUCCAAAGGCACCAGAAACUCUGCUUCCUUUGUCUUCUCUGCUUUUGUGUAACCUCCUAUUCAUCUCCUGGUAAAUAGAAUCCCCAAAUGAGGUUUAUUGAAUGAUUCCUCCUCAAAAGUAUAUUUGAAAGCAGUGGUGUGCUGAAGCCAACUCAUGCCCGCUCAUGAGGGGCAACUGUGAGAAUUUCUUGCCAACUCUGCACUUAGUGACCUUGUGUUGAUAGCUGUGAGCUACCUCUUGAACCCUCCUGUUGAAAUUGACCAUACUCAAUUUACAUUCCAGAAAUUAGCAGAUGCUAUAAAGCACAGCUUUUGAUUUUUUUUUUUUAAGAAAGAGCUGGUUUACUGAUAUCACGGCUUGAAAGUAUCUCAAAAAUCUGUGUAUCCUUCUGAAAAUUUUGAUGCCAUCAAAUUGUGAUAUAAUUUUACAAUAUAAUUGUGUAAAAUUGUGAUAUAGUAAUGGUUUCAAGAAACAUUUUUUAAAGUCCCAA